UAUGGUGGAUGUGAUGGAACUAAUUGUCAUUCAAGCUCGAUGUAAAUUUUGACGUUAUUAGUCGCCUGAUGUUGCUGCUAGACCGAAUUUUAAAAGUGCCAGAAAGACCUGAAAUUGUCAUGGUGAUCUUAGAUGACAAAAUACGAUUGAAGCCUUGAAAUAUCGGCUUGUCGAAGAGAGCGAUUUUCGCUUGAUGCAACUAAAUUAUGGGGGUAAAAGGGCUUUGGAAACUUUUAGAAUCUGUUGGACGGCCUGUAACUCUGGAGUCGCUAGAGAACAAGGUACUCGGAGUUGAUGCCAGUGUGAUCUUGAAUCAGUCUGUGAAAGGGAUGCGAGACAAGCAGGGAAAUCCAGUUCCCAAUGCACAUCUUGUUGGCUUGUUCAGUAGAUUAUGUAAACUGUUGUAUUACAGGAUUAAACCAGUUUUUGUAUUUGAUGGUGGAGUGCCUCAUCUCAAGAAAAAGACACUGGCAGCAAGAAAGGAACAAAGAUUUAAAGCUGUUCAUAAGUCAAAAAGAGCUGCAGAAAAGAUUAUGAAAAAUUAUCUGAAAACUAGAGCUCUUGAAACUGUCACAAAGAGGAAAAGUUCUGCUAUCCCUGAAAGAAGUAGGAGUCCAAGAGAACCUGAUGUGUUUGAACUUCCUCCUCUACCAUCCCGUGCCAUAACAGACGCUAAAAGUUCAUCAGAAGAUGAAGACAUGGACGUUCCUAUCUUAGAACAGUUCCAAAGGCAGCAGUUGGAGGAAACUUUUCAGGCUCCUAAUGCAAUCGAUAUUGAUUCAGAAGACUUCAAAGCUUUGCCUCCAGAGAUACAACAUGAACUCAUCAAGGAUAUAAAAGCUGAGAGAAUAUGGAUGAGCAAGAACACUCUUCCCAGGCAAGCAACAGACUUUUCAAGUUUUCAACUGGAAAGAGUCUUAAAACGAGGUAAAAUGAAUCAGCGACUAGAGGACCUCCGUAAAGAAAUGAACCAAAGAAACUCAGGGGAACUAGCGGGGAUGGUAUCUGAUGAAACUGUUGGGGAGGAGAGCGCCGUUAAAUCACAAAAGAUUUUAUCAGAAGACGCGGCACACUACAUUCUGAUAAAGCGAAAUGAACAAGAGCAAAAGCAAACGACAGAUUUCUCAGAUGAGGGUGGUUUCUUUCGGGAAGACCAGGAAGGUGAAAUAGUGAGCUGGACUGACCCUCGCCCGAACCCAGUCUCCCCUCGAAAAAUUCCAAGCUUUGAAAUUGCUGAUCUUUGUUCCAGCGAUUCUGAGAUUUUGUCGCCAUUUCUGGAUGUUCCAGAAGCGGAUCUUUCGCCCUCAAGCUGUCAAGCGCAGAGUGGUGCUUUUAGUUUCUCCUUAAUAAAAAUCAAAGGUAGAAUUGAGAACGAUGAGGCAAACCUGGGUGAAAAUGUCACGAAGAAAAUUGAAGCUCUAAUACAAAAAAGCCAGACAUUCGACAAUCUCUUACCAGGAAGUGGAGACGCAAAAAGCGUCUAUAAAAGUUCUAAAAUAGACAAUCUCCAUGACUUAAGCGAUCACGAAGCUAAAUUGGUGAUCUCUGAAGAGGAUUCGGACGAAGAUAACAAGCUACUUACUCAGAUUAAAGACAAGAAAAAAGAGCUGGAAGAUUUAUUGAGCAAAUGGAAAGCCUCAAAACGUCAGAAAGCGGCUGCUGAUGUAAUUGUCUCCUCGAGCGAUGACCUUAAUGUAGCUGAAAUAAAUGAGAAAGAACUGGCUCAACGCUCUCCAGAAUCUGUCGAAGUUUUUAACAUCUCAGAAAGACAGCCAGAGUGGUCCGUUUUUGAAGAGACAGCAAACACUCCUUCGACUUUAAUCAUUGAUGACCAAACAGAGAGCAAAAGAAAAGUUGUCGAUAAUUUGCUUGUUUCUGAUGGUGGAUCGGAAUCGGAAACAAAUUCAGUAGAAGAGGUGAGGGUCGUAAAACCCGAAGAAGGUUCUCUAGAGAAUUUAACUAUAUCUUCUUCUGAUACCGUACAAGAAACUAAGAUUACAGAUUCUACUUUUAAUAUUGCUGAGGAAGAAAAGAGAACAGAAAUUCAAAGUACACCCUUCCUUAAUGGCGAUGCCACUUCUCAAGUGGUCGAGGACGGAAAAAGUCCCACUUCUCCAGAUGUUCAGCACGAAGUUCAAGAUACUGCCCCUGUGGCGAAACAAGAUCCUAAUAACAGAGACGCUCAAGUUGAAGAAAAACAAGAUUCUGUCGAGAAGAAUGAAGUUCAAAUGGAUGUUGGUGAACCUGUGGCAGGGCCAUCUGGUCUACCUGUGGAAUGGCAAGGUGCCACUGUGGAAGAGCUGGAAGACAUUCGGUUGGAUAUCGAAGCAGAACAGAAAUCUUUAGCAUCGGAACAAGCUCGACAGAACCGCAUCGCGGCCUCCGUGUCCAACGAAAUGUUCGCAGAAUGUCAAGUGUUGGAACAGUUGGAGCGAUAGAACUUCUUCACGAAUUUUCAGGCGAAGGCCUUGAUGGACUGAAGAAGUUCAAAUUGUGGCACGAAGAGGUAAAAAAGCGUACCAAACAUCCUCAAGAAACCAAAGUCAAGAGGAAAAUGAGAUCUGUGGAAUUACCGAGUGAUUUUCCAGCCGAGGAGGUGUACGAAGCUUAUUUACAUCCUGUCGUUGACGAGUCAACGGAGCAAUUUGAAUGGGGGAAGCCAGACCUGCAUUCACUUAGAUUGUUCGCUUCGGACAAGUUUGGUUGGUCUUCGGCCAGAACAGAUGAAGUUCUCCUGCCCGUGUUGAAACAACUCAACAAAAAUGAGACCCAGAUGAAAAUAAGCGAUUAUUUCGAGGUAAAGUUUCAAGAAACAAGAACAAUCAAAAGCAAACGAAUCAAACGAGUGUUGAAUCGGAAAUUUAAUCCACCAAGUGGCAGCAGCGACGGUGAGGACAGAGUGGAAAAUAACAAGAAGCAAAAACAACAUACGGGUGAAAUUUCAAGUAAAAAGACAAAUCAUAAUCCGGAGCUAAAUGAUAAAAAAAGAACCCUCUCGACAAAGAAGAGCGCAAGUAAACAUGAUAUCGAAGCCGACGCCAAGCGUGCGAAAAAGGAUGUCGAUGGAGAUAGCGCAUGCGCCUUCGCGGUAACCCGCUCUUCGGGAAGAAAAAGAGGUCGUGGGCGCGGUCGAGGGAAAACGCGGGAAAGGGAGAAGGCGAAUGAUGAUUUAAAGUUGUCAGUUGCUGCACAGUCGUCCAAUCAGGUAACGAGGAAACAACUCUCUCAGGAGAACAAGGUAAGGCCCCGGAAAACCCGCAGUCGAUCUUCGACAUCAGCUGACACUGAAAAAGAAACACUUGUUGAUCAAGUUCCUGAAAAUGACAAAAAGAGAAGAAAACAGCAAAGUCCUGCAGCUAACAGGAAGAAAAACGACGCAAGAUGCAGUGCCGAGGAUGAUGAUUCUACGUCGGACACAACAGACAGCGAGGAUUUUGAUGAGAACUUUUAUGCCGGACCCAACCCCGUGUCCGUAUUUGCCCGGGGGAGGGGGAGGGCAAGUGUCAGGCCUAGGGGGCGGGUAUCUAGACGAGGAAAAUGACCCCUGCAGUCAAUUUCGUUUUCAGCAGAUGUUUAAUCUACAAACAGUCCGAUACCUUUAAUAUGUACCUCUCACGAACGAUAUAUUUAUUAAAACAUUAAGCUAUAGGAAAAUAGAGAUGCAUUAUUUAUUUCAUAAUUUAUUUAUUGCUUAACCAAAAAUAAAAACAAACAAACAAACAAAUAAUUAAUCAAAAAAAAAAAAAAUUCCAGAUUAGUUACUGCGAUGUUUUACCGCAGCAGACUCAUGAUACCCAGAGAACAAAUUCAAAAUGUGGUGUAUGUACUCCGCAAGUGUCCCGCACGAGAAAUUCAAAAUGUCGAGUAGUUUAUGCAAUUUUCACUAAGACAAACUCGUGACAAGAAAAGGAAAACACGCCAAAAAGUUAUUUCUUCGGGAGGUGUUCUUCUGUGGUAGGAUUCUCAGCAGAGAAUGCCAUUGGCUUUUUAGCCUGCGUACUAAUAUCGUACAUUUUUUUAGAUGAUAUAUAACACCGGACUUCCAAUAUUUAAUGAAACCAGCUUAAAAACAACAACGUUUAUACGGACAGUGUUGUGUGAUGUCUCUUGUGACAACUGAACCGCGUUAAUGUAUUAAAAAAAGAGCACAUUCGAUUCAGUUUUUGUAAAGCUUUCACACCCCGUCGCAUAACAAGUUAUUCAAAUUUAACUUACGUUUUCACGCGCUUUAAUUCUCAACAUUUAGAUAUCGAUUCUCAUAGACUAUCUGCCUUUAUUUUAUUUCGGUCAUAGCCCAAUAUAACUGAUUUUUCCUUGUAUCUUGAUGGGAGCAAUUUUCUUUAUCAUAGAAAUGACGUACGAUGGUGUGUGAUUUUAAGGACUGUCCCAUCUUCAAUAACAUCGUCGUGUACAAAUUUUCAAUUCGACAAGACAGCAAUCGUUUCAAUCUUGUUUCCUGUUGCACACUUAUAAGUAGCUCUCGCUUGUUUCGCAGACAUGUCCUUGCGAAAACUUGUUCUUAAACGACAUUUUUUAGAUUUUCAGUCUAUCCUUUUUUUUGUUCUCUUUGUUUUCUUUUUUAAAGAAAUUCCAACUCGUAUUGGCAACUUGGAAGUUACAGACUAAGAUAAAAAUUUCAUUUGAUAAAACACAUGAAGUAAAAGUAUUGAUUACAGUGGCACGGAUAAAGCAAUCUGCCUCUUUUCAGCUGAUAAAUGAGGAAGAAUCUUCAUGCUAAAUGGAGUUUUAAGGAAACCGAAUACCCUCCAACCCUAAAUAACUCUUUAAAAUAAAUUUUUCUUUAAGUA